AUGAGCGACCAAGCGUCGAAUGAGAGCGGUGGUGGUGGAGGCGGCACCAACUCUGACUCGAACAGUGCUGCUGAGCCAUCCACUGACCAACUGGCUAUGGAGUCUUCCGAGCGAGAGACACCUAGUCAUGCUUACAACGGCCCACCGCCACCUGUACCGCCCCCUCACAACAGGAGACAAAAUCCGCCCCAUCUUCAGACGCAUCAUGCAUUAGGGAUGCCGCGAAUACCCAAUCAUCACCAAAUUCAUUCGAAGCCUUUUGCUCUCGGGCCACCGGUGAACCACAUGAAGAACGACUUAGGGCCAGGAUUCCGUGGUCCUCCCCCACAGCAGGCCCCGCCUGCCGACUCACAAACUGCUGCAAGCGACAAAGUCUUCAGCGGAGCCGGUGAUGUGUGGCCAGCGCCUGCACCUGAUAUGCCUAAAAUAGUCUCCCUUGACGUAAAAUGUGAAAAGAAUGCCAUGCGGGUCUUUCUCAGUUUUGACAAACCUUUCUUUGGAAUUGUUUUCUCGAAAGGACAUUACUCCAAUCAUCAAUGCGUACACUUGCCUCCGAACUUAGGAAGAACAUCCGCUUCGUUUGAAAUUGGUGCCCAUGCUUGUGGCACUGCCGGUAGCGGAGACCCAAGGUACAGGGGAGACGUCGCAGCCGCUGGAACCUACUUUGAAAAUGUCAUUGUGAUACAGUACGAUCCUCAAGUACAAGAGGUUUGGGAUCAGGCUAGAAAGCUACGAUGCACUUGGCACGAUCAAUAUGAGAAAGCUGUUACGUUCCGUCCAUUCCCAGUUGACAUGCUUGAUGUGGUACGAGCAGACUUUGCCGGAGAUAAUGUUGGUUGCUGGAUGCAAAUCCAAGUUGGAAAAGGACCAUGGGCCUCAGAAGUAUCUGGAUUGGUGAAAAUCGGACAAACUAUGACCAUGGUGCUUGCUAUUAAAGACGAUGAUGCGAAGUUCGAUAUGUAUCGUUGUCCUGAGCAAUGUUCUGACGGAGGUCACAAUUUAAUAGCUCAACAUGUUGAGUAUGGUCCUCCACAAAUUGACUCCUAUCCGCGACACUUGGAGCCCUUC